AUGACCGCCAGUGGGGCAGUGGGCUCGGAAGAGCUCAUCGCGGCGCUGAGGCACCCCACCGUGGAUGGCUUCAACAGGGCACUGGAGCUGCUGCAGGGCGCGGCGCAGCAGCGCUUUGCUGCGGUGCAGGAUGGCGCGGCGGAGCAAGCCGAGGCGGUGGGCGAAGCAGACCUGCGCCGCCUCAAGCGUCAGUUCAGCAGCCUGAAAAACACCUUCCUGCACUACGAGGUCAAGAAUGAGUUCCUGGCAGAACUGCUGGAUGGAAGGCCGCACGGCGACGAGGGCGAGCUGCUGCAGCACUUUGAGGCGGAGGUGGAGGCGAGCGUGGCGCAGCUGCGCCAGCUGAAGCAGGCCAACGAGGAGGCGCAGGCGGGGAUCGCAGAGCUGGUGGUGCGGGUGGCGGCGGCGCACGAUGCCUUUGAGCGCCAGCAGGCGGCGGUGGGAGGGGAGCUGGCGCGGCUGCAGCAGGAGGUGGCGCAACACCAGCAGAGCGUGGGCGCGGGGUGGGUGGCCCUGCCAGAGCUGCCAGAGGGCCCCGGCGAGGAGGAGUGCCAGGUGGCGAUGGCGGCGGCAGCGGGCCAGGAACGAGAGCUGGAGGCGGCCAUUGCUGCGGGGGUGGCAGAGGCGGAGGGGCUGGCGGCGGCCAUCGCGUCGGAGCGGGAGGAGGCGGAGGCGCUGCGGGCGCAGCUUGGGGACCUGGAGAGCCAGAACGCGCAGCAGGGGGAGAAGGUGGAAGUGAACGCCCGCUUCCUGUCAACCGCGCAGUGGUGUGACGAGGCGGCCUCCACCCUCACACUGCUGGGCGGCCUGUCGCUGCUGCACGUCAGCCGCGACGCGGUGCACCUCAAGCUGGUGACGGCCUACCCAAGUGGCGCAGUGCGGGGCGAGGACCCCGGCCCCUGCGCAACCGCCGACCACGAGCUGUCGCUGCACCUGCAGCCUGGCAGCAGCACAGUGUCUGGCGCGCAGCUGACGCCCGCCGAUGUGGAGGUGGGCGACAUUGUGGAGGCGGCACGGGAUGGGGCGCAGCAGGGCAGCAGCCGCCGCAUCGACUUUGUGGUGCGAGAGGUGCAGGCGCGGCUGGGUGCCUGGCUGCACAGGCGGGCGCUGGUCGAGGAGGUGCGGCAGGCAGGGUAUGAGGUGGUGGCACAGAGCGCCGACCUUGCCACCCUGCGGGCCACGCUGAGCCAGGCGCUGGAGGCGGAAGUGCGGCUGGUUGCCAGCUGGCCAGCAGGCGCCGAUGUGGUGCAGGUGACAGACGUCAAGGGCGCCGCCAGCAGCAGCAAAGCGGAGAAGGCGGUGCAGCUGCGGCUCGAGGGGCGCAGCCUGCUGCAGGCGCUGGAGGCAGUAGAGCGGGAGCUGGCGGGCUGA